AUGAGUUUCUUCGACGACUACCCUGCCUUCAAGCUGGACCCCUCCGCCCCAAUCACCGCCGAGUUCAAGCGUCUCGCCAACCAGCGACACUGGAAAAAGGGCUCGAAGACCUGGCGCAACAUGUGGAACCGAUUCACGACCAUGGAGUACGAAGAGCUUAUUGGAAAUCAUCUCGCAGGGUUGGACGGCUGGCGCGAUCUGUGCGAGGAGCUGGAUCUACCGGGGCCCUUCGAUUCCAUCCGGCAGUGUAAGAAGGCAUUGUCAAAGGUCCAUGUCAACAUUGUCGAUGUCCUGGAGUCUCGACUGCUGGAUCGCAAGCCCAGAAAGUUCCCCAACAAACAUGCACUUGCAGCGUAUACUCGGGAUUCGGGUAAAUUCAUGAGCAGGGACUUGGCGAAGCAGGACGGUCUGCUCAAGGUAUUGCUAAGAAGGCUGCUGUGAGUUUCAUCAGGGGCUGGGGCCAAUAGGACUGGAGUGGAUGGAGAAGACAAGAAAUAUCAGUCAGAUCGGUGACAGAAUUCUGAAACAGAUCGAUCGAUUCGAUAGAUUGCUGGUUAGAUGAGGGACUG